GGCACACACCGGCAUCUUUUCGCUGCGCAGCCUCAACCGAAGCUCUCAUCCUCAAAUAACUUGCAUUAGCCGCCCGAGUUGGAUUGGGCCGCUACACCGCUGUCUCAGUACCAUGUCCACAUUCACACUGGAGUCGAAGAAAAAACUUUCGGAUGGAAAUGAGAUACCUAUCCUCGGUUUCGGCACCUAUGAGCUUGAAGGAAGCGCUGUUAAGCAGCCCGUCAGGUGGGCCCUGGAUGCCGGCUACCGUCACAUUGACUGUGCUACCUGGUAUUAUAACGAGAAGGAAUGCGGAGAGGCGAUUCGAGCCUGGAUGAAAGAGACAAGCACGCCGCGAGAAGAGAUCUUCUAUGCGACCAAGCUCAUGACCAACGUCUCCUACGAGCAAACGCUCAAAGAGAUCGAUGCAUCUAUCAAGGCUUGCGGCCUUGAAUACUUCGAUUUGUACCUUCUUCACUCUGCCAUCGGGGGCCCUGAAAAAAGGCGCGAGUGCUGGCGUGCUGUCUGCGACGCGAAGAAAGCGGGCAAGCUUCGUAGCAUCGGCGUUAGCAACUAUGGUGUGGCCCACCUGCAAGAGAUGGUGGAUCAGGGCGUCGAGCUUCCUGUCAUCAACCAGGUCGAUCUGCAUCCCUUUAUGACCCGCGUGGAGAUUGUCGACAUGUGCCGCAAACUCAAUAUUGCGCUCGAAGCGUGGGGACCUCUCGUGCGUGGUCUUCGCUUCAGGCACCCUUCCAUCACCAGUCUGGCCAAAAAGUACAACAAGCAGCCAGCUCAGGUGCUCCUUCGAUAUUCCAUCCAGAAGGAUUACUUACCUAUCCCCAAGGCAUCUUCCAAGGAACGCAUCAUUGCAAACACUCGGGUUUUCGACUUUGAGCUCACACAGGAGGAGCUAGACCACCUGGACACCCUCGAUGAGGCUCUUGUCACUGAUUGGGAAGUGACGACCUGCCCUUGACAGGACACCUUGCACGAAUGGAAAAGCAGAUACACAGUCUUAAC